CUCAUCGUCGCUGCAAACGGAGCUACGCAACAUCAUGACAACAUCGGCGACUAUGAGGGUUCUCCUUCUACUCUGUAUCAGCGGACUUGCCCGUGCCAUUCCCUACCCCCCGGAGUUCUUCGUCACAUCCACGCCCGUACUGACGGCCAACGCUCGCGCUCUCGGAUCCGGAUCUAAGCAGGCGACCGGCCAGUACGGGCGUGACGGCCAGGCUGCCGGCGCGGACUACGAGAAGGAUGGUGCGACGGCAGCAGAUACCGCCGCCAGGGCGGGAGGUUACGAGUACGGAUACAGCGACGGAUUCUCGUGGUACCAGCCGAAAACGCUGUACGCGUUCAAAUACGCACAGCCGGCAAUUGGCUACAAACAGAUUCCGUACAAUAGAGUCAUCAAACAGAGAGGAUACGGAUCCGGAUUGCACUCGACCGGACUAGGGUACGGUGCUGCCACUACCGGAUACGGUGCUGCACCAAUCGGUUACAGCUCAGCUGGUUACAAUGACGUCGGUUUAUAUGGAGGCUUGGGCAGGUCACCUCUUCGCUCCCGCCUCACAUGUACCUGUGUCUAAACCCGACACUCUACAAUGCCGUAAGUGUGCGGACAUUGCCUAGGCCAUCAGACUGUGUUAAAAAAAACGAAAGAACCCGCAGACACGCGUUACUUAUACGUUUUUGUUACCGUCAGUUGUUUGCUCCGUUGUUGUGGCGUGCCGUGAAGUUUUUCAUGUUGGAAUAUUAGUCGAUGGUGCAUGUUCUGUGCAUUCGAUGAAAUGAAAUGAAAUGUUUAGGGGAGUUUUUCGCCAAUAAAAUCUCUCGGCUUUGGGGGAAUUUUUCAACCUGGAUACAUAAUUCUGCUGGAAUGUAUUACUUCAAUAAAUGGGUAACGUAUUGACACAAAGAUUGAGAUUGGCUGCGCUUGCAGUGUUCGUGAUAUCGACUUAUUUUCUUGAGAUAUUAUUUUCUGUCACACACAGCUACAAGUAUGGUCAGGAUUAACUUAAAUGCAAAGGAAAUCCAUUAGGUGUAUACACACGUCAUUGUUGAAACCGGAGAUGACAGUAAAUAUGUAUAACUUGUUAAUUGUAUAAUUGUGUUUGUAUAUUUAUUUUGUAAGUAUUUAUAAUUUAAUUA